UUUUAUUGUUAGCCAUGAAAAGGUUAGAAAAGCCAUGAAGUGUUGCUUGACGAUACCGCAUAGAUAUAUAGACGAUACCGCAGCGGCUUCUCGUGGCUUUCUGUUAGCAUGACAAAGCUGGUGCUGAGUUCAAGAUAUAGAGGCGGCAGUCUCGUGUGAAUGCACCGCGAGGACAUUAACGUUAGUUUGAGGAUUUCAUUAUCAGAACUGCGCUAUUAAUUUGCCUUACGGCGAACAGUGGGUAAUGGCAACAAACAAAGAAGCAAUUCCUCUGUGGAAAACAACGAUAAUAGUCAGCACGUCACUCCAGAACCAUGACACAAUCAGGAUGAUUAGCGCGCAGCAGCACCGAAUCAGAUUUUCAGACAGUGUUGAGUCCGGAGCCUUUAUUUUUCCUCUGUCAGGUACAGCAUUUCUGUUGGUUGACCCUCAAGACCUCCUGGAGCAUUUUGAGGAAUCUGGACUCAUUAAGAGGAUAAGGACAUUUGUGCAAGUACACCGGAACAGCUUUCUACUUCUAUAUGCCCCCUUUAAUGGGAAAAAGGAAUUGGAAAUCUUGUCGGUGAUUCAACUGAGAUUCUUUGGCAGCAAUCUCAGGAUACUGCCUGUGCGAAACAAUGCAGAGAUUGUCAAAGGAAUGUUGACAAUUGCCAAGGCCACCAGUAAGCCCCAUGUAGACAGUAUCCGUGACCGGAUGUCUCUGGCUCGGGCUCACAUCAUUGAAAGCAGUCCUGUGUGGGAGAUGCUUAGGGACAUUCUAUAAAGCUCAGCA